UUCAACACCGUGGACUAAACAAUAUCGGAAUAGGUCAACCUACCAACAAAUAAUUUAAUAAAAAGGAAAUGCAGACAUUAAGCAGAUAGUCUCAUCCAACUGUCAGAUCCAACAUCGACAGUUUAAUUUUGGACUCUUUAUCAGUUGCAGUUAUUAUGGCACUCAUGCACCGGUUGAAAUAAUUUUGAGAACCGUUGAACUAGUUGCACUUCAUUGCUCGUCUUCUCUAGGAAUAACCAGGACCAGCACAUUCUAGAAGCGACAGAAGGGAAACUGUGUUUAACUAACACCAUCAUGCCAAGGUAUAACUUUUUGCUCUGUUUGAUGGUGAUCAUUUCCUUGGGACAGUCCGGCAGUGACGAGCCCAACCUUUUUCUCCCACCGGUAAGCGAGAUGCCCACGGAUGCUGGCGUGUCGCUUAUCGAGGUGGAAGACUCAGGGGCUCGCGAAUGCUCCGCGUGCGUGUGGCGGGAACAGAGCAAGGUGCUCAGGCUCGAGACCAUCAAGUCUCAGAUUCUAAGCAAGCUCCGACUGAAGCAAGCGCCUAACAUAAGUCGUGAGGUGGUCAACCAGCUACUGCCCAAGGCUCCCCCGCUACAACAGCUUCUGGACCACCAUGACUUCCAGGGGGACGCUUCUUCCCAGGACGAGUUUAUGGAGGCUGAUGAGUACCAUGCCACCACGGAGUCAGUUAUCACAAUGGCAUCAGAGCCGGAGCCCCUGGUGCAGGUGGAUGGCAAGCCCAGCUGCUGCUUCUUCAAGUUCAGCCCCAAGCUGAUGUUCACCAAGGUGCUGAAGGCGCAGCUGUGGGUGUACCUGCGGCCGCUGCAGCAGACCUCCACCGUCUACCUGCAGAUCCUGCGCCUCAAGCCCGUCACAGAGCAGGGCAGCCGCCACAUUCGCAUCCGCUCACUCAAGAUCGAGCUCAACUCCCGCUCCGGCCACUGGCAGAGCAUCGACUUCAAGCAUGUGCUGCAGAACUGGUUCAAGCAGCCGCACACCAACUGGGGCAUCGACAUCAACGCCUUCGACGAGAGCGGCAACGACCUGGCCGUCACGUCGCUGCGGCCCGGCGAGGAGGGACUGCAGCCGUUUCUGGAGGUCAAGGUUCUGGAGACGACCAAGCGUUCGAGGCGGAACCUGGGCCUGGACUGUGACGAGCACUCCACCGAGUCGCGCUGCUGCCGCUACCCGCUCACGGUCGACUUCGAGGCCUUCGGCUGGGACUGGAUCAUCGCCCCCAAGCGCUACAAGGCCAACUACUGCUCGGGCCAAUGCGAGUACAUGUUCAUGCAGAAGUACCCGCACACCCACCUGGUCCAGCACGCCAACCCCCGUGGCUCGGCGGGGCCCUGCUGCACUCCGACCAAGAUGUCCCCCAUCAACAUGCUCUACUUCAACGACAAGCAGCAGAUCAUCCACGGCAAGAUCCCCGGCAUGGUGGUGGACCGCUGCGGCUGCUCCUAGGCAGAUGACAACACCUUUGUCAGGGCAGGGCGUGGCUGGCAGAUGAGAUGCAGGUGUUGGUGCACUAGGA